CCCCCUUUCUUUUCCCUACAGAGGCGAAAACACAAAAUGGGAGUGGAAGGUGGGAUGAAAUGUAUUAAAUACCUGGUAUUUUUCUUCAACUUUUUAUUCUGGCUCUGCGGAAUUGCCCUGAUUGCCCUGGGAAUUUUUGUACAAAUUGAGCUCAGAAACACACUGGUGAUGACCGGCCCGGCAUCAGCUUCUGCUGCUCCUAUUGUCAUCCUAUCCGUGGGUGUUAUAGUGUUCUUCAUCUCCUUCUUUGGUUGCUGUGGGGCAAUGAAAGAGAACUACUGUAUGGUCACCACGUUUGCUGUCCUCCUGACUCUGAUCUUCCUGGUGGAGAUUGCAGCUGCCAUUGCAGGCUAUAUCUUUAAGGACAAGAUCCAAGCAGUGAUUAAAGAUGAAGUUCAGGUAGAAAUGAAUAGCUACAAUAGUUCAGGCACUAAUCCUUUCGAUGAAUUGCAGAAGGAGUACUCCUGCUGUGGAGCCUUAAAUUACACUGACUGGUUUAAUGUCACACAAUUUAAGCCUAGCCGUGUACCCCGCUCCUGCUGCAAGAAUGGCACUGAAUGUACCAACCAUCCAACUCCUGAGAAUGUUCAUGAGGAGGGUUGUGUGACAAAAAUAGAAGCUUGGCUGCGAAAGCACAUUGUGAUUGUGGCUGGAGUUGCAUUGGGCAUUGCCUUCUUUGAGAUCUUGGGCAUCAUUUUUGCCUGUUGCCUCAUGAAAGGAAUCCGCAGUGGCUAUGAGGUCAUGUAAUGGUUUCUGUUGCUGUUAUGAGGCCAGUCACAAAACUCUGGAAUACUUCAGUCUCCUUUUCUGGGGAUGUAGUUGACCAUCAUGUGCCAAUGGGACAGGGCUGGGUGGAUGCCUCUUCUUCUGUUGCCUGUUAUGAAAAUAUAUGCUACCCUCAAAGGAUUCACUUGUUGCCUUAUCUCUUUUCCUUCCCUCCCAUAAUGGGCAGGUUUGAUCCAUUCCUUGCAUCUCACUGCCACUCCUAGAACUUGCAUUAUCCUUCAUGUUAGACUUGUGUACCACCUAGUGGGCAUCUUGUGAUAUGCAACAAAUGUUCCUAAUGUCCUUAGUAGGUGUGAGCAAGCAUCUUUCAAAUUCUCACUUCCUUAAAGACAUCUAUUCUGCCUUUUGAGUCCUUUCAAGUAGACUGUCUUAUAUGUUCAGCUAUUCCUCUUUUCCUUUGGAAAGGUAGGGUCUUGAGUCUUUAUAGGUCAUAAUAAGAAGGAAAAUUGUCAGAGUUAAUAUUUUUAGCCAGAAAAAUCACUAUUUGGAAAAUAAAAACCAUUGUUUCACCCA